UCCACUUGCGAGGAAAUACAAAGACUUAUUCAGUGACUCCACUCUAUAAAUAGACAUGUUCUGAUAUGCAAUAUUAUUCACACCUCAACUAAGCAUUCAGCAAAAAAAACCAAGCAUACAGCCUCAAAUAUGACGAAACUUUUUACUUGCCUUCUAACUGUGGCCCUAUUGGCUUUGGCAUCCUCUCUUGCCUCUGCUCAUGACCCUAGUUCUUUGCAGGACUUUUGUGUUGCAGUUAACAAUUCCAACUCUGCCGUAUUUGUGAAUGGAAAGUUUUGCAAGGACCCGAAGCUUACUACAGCCGAUGACUUUUUCUUUCCCGGGCUUGACGUUCCCAGAAGCACCUCAAAUCAAGUUGGGUCAAAUGUAACUCUUAUAGAUGUAGACAAAUUUCCUGGCCUCAACACUUUAGGGAUAGCCUUGGCUCGUGUUGACUAUGCACCAUAUGGCCUGAAUCCUCCCCACAUUCACCCUCGUGCAACUGAGAUUCAAACAGUCAUAGAGGGUACUCUUUUAGUUGGCUUUGUUACAUCCAAUCCAGAUAACCGUUUUAUCACCAAAGUUGUGAACAAGGGUGAUGUCUUUGUAUUUCCAAUGGGUCUCAUUCACUUCCAAUUCAAUAUAGGAGAGACCAAUGCCCUUGCAUUUUCUAGUCUCAGUAGCCAAAAUCCUGGGGUUAUCACCAUUGCAAAUGCAACCUUUGGAUCUAAUCCUCCUAUCAAUCCUGAUGUUCUUGCCAAGGCAUUCCAACUUGACAAAAAUGUGGUUAAUUAUCUUCAACAAAAAUUCUAG